AUGUCAGCUCCAGCUACAGACGCAGACAGCACGUCUACUGCGCUCGAUGCGCGCAUAUAUGAUACCCUGGCCUCCGUAGGCGAGCGCGAAAACACAGUCGAGAUCGAGAUCCUGCCUGACGCCCUGGGACCACUGCUCACAGAUGGCGACAGCAGCUCUCUAGGCGUCACCAAGAAGGCGCUUGUUCGGGCCUUCACCACCGCCAGACGGGCCUUUUUCACGUCCAAUCCCACGCCAGAAGACGGCAGUGACGACGAUGUGGUGGCGGCGGCAUCGACGGUCAUCCUGGUGUUCGACUCAGAGCACCUGACGGCCUGUAACUGGCGAAAGCGAAGGAUUGUCAGGUCACUCUCGAAGCAAGGCUCGGAUGGUGCCGAUCGACCGUGGUCACCAACACCACCACCACCACCACCACUACCACGACUCCUCUCCAUCGAGUACAACUUUACUGCCUCCUUGCUUGGAUCGCCUUUACACCGGCAUGCAAAGUCGCCGACGCUCUGGUACCAUCGCCUCUGGCUUAUGCAGGUCUGCCUUCGUCAUCAGCAGCAGCAGCAGCAGGCCAAGGCUGGGCUGUUGAAACGUGAAGUUGAGCUUGUCUUGCGGGCAGCUGAACAUCACCCGAUGAACUACUAUGCAUUUAGCUAUCUACGGCAGACCUUGGCCCUGUUGGGUAGUGGUGGUCUUGACGAUCGAUCAGAGCUCGUCACCCCUUACGAGGUUGAUGUCAAGGUUGAACCCGAACAUGGCAGGGGUGCUGGGGCGAACGCAGCGGUACCAGAAACGGGAGUUACCACCUCCCGUCUAAUAUCCGACACCCAUCUCAUUAUUACCAUGCGGGACUGGUGCCUACGUAACCCUGGCGAUAACUCAGGGUGGAUGUUCCUGCUUCACAUACUUACGUUGGUCCGUGAUGGCGGUAAUGACGAUGAGGUGCAUGAUGUUGUGCAGCAGGUUAUUCGCUUUGGCCGUGCGGUGCAGUGGCAACGGGAGGCGCUGUGGACUUUUGUUGAGCUUGCUGGGUCGAGGUUUGGGGUGACCACAGUAGAAGAAACGGAAAGUGGACUAGAAGGAUGGUAUGACCGGGGCCAGGGUCAUGGCCAGGGACCAGCAGCGUUGAGGUUGGAGUUGGAAGGCCCUGUGGCAAAUGAGAUUCCCGCUAAUGUACCAGGCCCGAGGUCGUGGAAGAGGUGGGCUCAACAUCUCCCGUGA